AUGAAGCAGAAGGAGGAGCUGGUCAAGCCUGGCUCUCUUUGUCCUUUGCCCGCGAUUUCUCGCCGUAUCGACCCCACCAAGCCGCGCACCUCUACAUUGAAACCAGAUGGCUCUAUCAACAACAACGACCGAGUAGACAUUGGACCAACUCCGUUGGCGUUCAGUGAGUGGGAGCAGCUAGGUCUACAGCCGCCCCAUCUGCCGACCAUGCGCGCCUACCGCUUGCAACGCAUCUGCGAUCAACUGAUCACCCGCAACCUUGGUGGCAUCCUCCUGUUCGAUCCUCUCAACAUUCGUUAUGCCACCGACACUACAAAUAUGCAGCUGUGGACGGCACAUAACCCUGCCCGGGCCUGUUUCGUUGCGGCAAGUGGCUACAUGGUGCUAUGGGAUUUCCACGGCUGCAAGCAUCUUUCCGCGCAUCUCCCUUUGAUCAACGAAGUACGAUCUGGUGCCUCAUUCUUCUACUUCGAGACCGGCCCCCGCACCGAUGAACAUGCCCUGCAUUUCGGCACACAAGUUGAUGAAUUGCUACGAAAGCACGCUGGAGAUAACCGCCGGCUAGCCGUGGACCGUAUCGAAGUUACUGGGUUACGCGCCCUCGAAGCUCAAGGGAUAGAGAUUUGUGACGGGCAGGCCGUCACUGACCACGCACGAGUGAUCAAGGGUCCUGACGAGAUCCGAGCUAUACGCUGUGCCGUUGCCUCUUGUGAAGCUGCGCUCGGCGAAAUGCGCCAGGCCAUGCGCGCUGGCGCCACCGAAAAUGACGUCUGGGCUGCUCUACACGCCGGCAAUAUCCGACGUGGUGGUGAAUGGAUUGAAACUCGUCUUCUUAGUUCUGGACCACGCACCAACCCUUGGUAUCAGGAAUGUGGUCCACGGGUGCUUCGCGAUGGAGACUUGGUGGCUCUCGACACUGACCUUGUAGGUGUAUACGGUAUGUGCGUGGAUGUGUCGCGCACCUGGAUCUGUGGCGAUCUCGAGCCCACGGCAGAACAGAAACGUCUGUACCGAAUCGCUCACGAACAUAUCACCGCCAAUGCCAAGAUGAUCAAGCCUGGUGUGAAGUUCGCAGAACUGACGAAGAAUGGUCAUCGUCUACCUGAAAGUUGCCGCGCUCAGCGCUAUAGCGUCAUGUUCCACGGUGUGGGGCUGUGCGAUGAGUACCCGUGCAUCCGUUAUCCCGAAGAUUUUGACUCGUAUGGUUAUGAAGGAGAACUUCAAGAGGGCAUGGUGUUGUGCGUUGAGGCUUAUGUUGGUGAAGUCGGCGGCAAGGACGGGAUCAAGUUGGAGAACCAUUUGCUCGUGACCGAUACGGGCUAUGAGCUACUGACUCAUUACCCAUUUGAAGAGAGUUUCCUGCGCGACUGA